GCGUUUUUUUUACGUGUGUAAAUGGCGAAAAUGUCAGUUGGGUUGUUGGACACUUGGAAAAAAUAUGGUACGGGAAUAUGUUAGUUUUUUAAUCGUCCUUGUGAAAGACUGGUUUAUAUAGUUGUCAUAAUAAUCUUUGUUCGUCAAACAUGAUGGAAAUUGAGCAAGAAACUGUGUAUGGCACACAUGAGGAUUCUCAUGUUGUUAUGUCAGAAAAAGUGCAAUCAUUAGCUGGUAGUAUAUACCAAGAAUUUGAAAAAAUGAUAGCCAAAUAUGACGAAGACGUAGUUAAGGAUUUGAUGCCACUUGUGGUAAAUGUACUAGAGUGUCUUGAUUUGUCGUAUACCGAAAAUCAAGAACAUGAAGUGGAACUCGAAUUGUUGAGGGAAGACAACGAACAGCUGGUUACCCAAUACGAACGAGAAAAACAACUAAGGAAAACGUCGGAACAGAAAUUAUUAGAGCUUGAAGAUGCUGGAGAAGAUGAAAGAAAGGAUCUGCAUGGACAAAUUGAAAGUCUGGAGUCAAUUUUACGAAUGCUGGAGCUGAAAUCAAAGAAUUCUUCAGAUCAUGUGUGUCGACUGGAGGAAAAGGAGCAGGAACAGAAGCGAGAGUACGCCAAACUUCACGAACGCUACACAGAGUUGUUCAAGACGCACAUGGACUACAUGGAACGUGUCAAGAUUAUUAUGGGAAACACAGAACGAUUGGAGGGUGUGGCACGUGGACGUUUACCACAAGUGAACCUUGCUCAGCUCAACAGAUCUUCUGGUCCUGUUUCUUUUGGGUUCACAUCGCUUGAGGCUGGGCUGAGGUCAGUAACAAGUCCUGGAGAAUAUGUGGGAUCUACGUCACCUCCUGACAGUAAUCACUCAAAUACUAGUCUGCGAAAUGAGCUACAGGAAACUCAGUUGGGUUCAGAGAGCUCUCGAGUGGUAGAUGAGCAGCACAACAAGAAUAGAGAGACUUCGGAGAAGGGUCAGCUAACAGACACCAUUUCAACGGAACAUCGUGGCACAGUCACAAGAGGCGGUUGGGUUGAUGGAUUCAGCCCUGAUACAAAGGAGUCUACACCAGAGCUGGAGGAUGUAGAAGCUCUGAUGACAACCAUUGUUUCACCAAUUGGUAGAAGCAAAACAAAAAAAGAACAGAGGAGUGGCAACACGCUGUAUCAAGAAUUGAGUUUCCAGGAUGCCGAAGCUCUUGUGGAGAUGGACGAGGGGGCCGACAUUACAGGCAGUUGGGUUCACCCAGGAGAGUAUGCCUCGUCAGUAAAUGACAACUUCUUUGGAAUGGGCAAAGAGGUGGAGAACCUCAUCAUGGAGAACAAUGAACUACUUGCGACCAAAAAUGCACUCAACAUUGUGAAGGAUGAUUUAAUUGUCAAAGUUGAUGAGCUUACAAGUGAACAGGAAAUUCUGCGGGAGGAAAUCAAGUCGCUGUACGCUGUAAGGGGCCGGCUGGGGCAACGAAUCCAGGAGCUGGAGGAGGAACUGAAAAGAGUGCGUGAAGAAGCAGAACGCACAGCUAAGGCUUCCAAAUCUGAUGACGAACAGGAGGAUGUCCCAAUGGCACAGAGGAAGCGUUUCACAAGGGUAGAAAUGGCGCGAGUGUUAAUGGAAAGGAACCAGUAUAAGGAACGAUUCAUGGAACUGCAGGAAGCCGUUCGCUGGACAGAGAUGAUUCGAGCCAGUCGGAAUGAUCCCACGUUAGAUAAGAAGAGCAAGCAAAGCAUAUGGAAGUUUUUUAGCAACUUGUUCAGCGCAACAGAACGGCCGCAACGAAAACCUCUGCCUUAUGUUAAUGUGCGCUACAGUGCACCUACGCACCUUGUGAGCCCAGCCCUUGACACCAUGAGGAAGCGCUCGCUAAAUGAUCGCAAACGUGGUCUUGACUUCAUGGAUGGCGAACUAUCUUCAGAGAAGCUUGCCGCUCGCCGUGCAACUGAGAGACGAGAACAGUACAGACAGGUGAGAGCCCACGUUCGCAAGGAUGACGGACGGCUACAAGCGUAUGGUUGGAGUUUGCCUGCCAAGGUUCCAGGAUCUGCGGGUUCGGUUGCACAGACCCCACCGACAAGUAAUGCAGGCCGCCAGCUCACCACAAGUACCAACCAAGUACCAGUGCCAGUACCUGUGUACUGCCGCCCUUUGAACGAAAAGGAGCCUGGUAUGAAAAUUUGGUGUGCAGCUGGGGUAAACCUACAAGGAGGCCGCACACGUGAUGGUGGUAAUCUCGUGGGAGCAAGUGUGUUCUAUACUACAAGUCGACCCGAGGGCAUGGAAAAGGGUGAAGGGGAAAUGCCAGAGAAGACAACUGGCAGUGAGGUAGACGACCUGGAUCAGGAACUCAGGAAAGGAGAGAAGCUGUGUCGAGAAAGCCAGGAGCUAGAGAGACAGCUGUCCAGUUUAGUGUGGAUAUGCACUAGCACCCAUGCAGCAAGCAAAGUGACUGUCAUCGAUGCCAAUAAUCCAGCAGAUAUCCUCGAGUCUUUCAGUGUAUGCAGCUCUUACCUCCUCUGUAUUGCAAGUGUGCCAGGUGCACAGGAAGGAGACUAUUCAGAGUCUGAUAUGGAGGUAAACAACAAAGAGAUGACGGAACAACAGGAGAAAGAAGUCUCGUGCGUGUCAGCGGAAAAUGAAGUAGAAGAUGCAGAUUCAGGAGACCACGAACCAAACAUUGGAAAGAUUUCGUUUGUAAGCUGUGCAACAGGCAGUAGCCAUCCGACAAGUGAUGCUUCAACCAACAGAGACCGUGACAGUAUGGAGACAGCGCCUCCAUCGUGGCAUCUGGUGAAGGACAUUACAGCAGUUGACAGGGAUGGACUUUCACAGCUCUCAAAAGAGAAUGAACUGUGUGAGGAGGCAGAGAAGAUGAGCAGUGUGCUGCCCACCAUGUGGUUAGGAUCCCAGAAUGGACAUAUCUAUGUCCAUUCAGGUGUUUCUCAGUGGCAUCGAUGUUUGCACUCAGUACGUCUCAAGGACUCUGUACUCAGCAUAGUUCAUGUUAGUGGCCGUGUAUUGGUAGCGCUUGCAGAUGGGUCAGUAGCCAUAUUCUGCAGGGGUCCUGAUGGUCAGUGGGACUUGGGAAGUUACCAUUUAGUUGAUCUAGGAUUGCCUCAUCACUCCAUUCGGUGCAUGGUGGCCGUCUACGGAAGAGUGUGGUGUGGCUACAGAAACAAGAUUCAUGUAUUACACCCAAGAAGUCUGCAGGUGGAGAAGUCCUUGGAUGCUCACCCCCGGCGUGAGAGCCAGGUUCGUCAAAUGGCCUGGCUCGGAGAUGGCGUGUGGGUGUCAAUCCGACUGGACUCUACGCUGAGGCUUUAUCACGCCCACACAUACCAACACCUCCAGGACGUCGACAUUGAACCUUACGUCAGCAAAAUGCUAGCAGAGUUUCCUGGACGUAGUACAGGCAAGUUGGGAUUCUCCUUUGUGCGGAUCACAGCAUUGCUCAUUUCUUCCAGUCGUCUGUGGAUUGGAACUGGCAACGGUGUCAUUAUCUCAGUUCCUCUUUCUGAAAGUGCUGGAACCAGAAGUAACAGCAGCAAUCUACAAGGAAUGCACAGGAAUAUGCCUGGUGGAGUAGUGCGCGUGUAUGCUGACAGCUCGGGUAGCAGAGUCACGCCUGGAAGUUUCAUCCCAUACUGCUCCAUGGCGCAGGCCCAGUUGUCAUUUCACGGCCAUCGAGAUGCUGUGAAGUUCUUCGUUGCUAUUCCAGGUUCUGGGGGUUUGUCUGCAGCGAUGAGUGAUGCACCUCUUUUACAGAACGUGGAAUUGGAGGCGCUGGAACGAAAGAAGCCCGCGUCUAUGUUAGUGAUGUCUGGCGGCGAGGGUUACAUUGACUUCCGCAUUGGUGAUGGGGAAGAGGAUGAGCUGGAAGGUGAAACGGAGCCAAUGGGAAGUUCUCAGCAACAGGAUAGAGAAUUGAGGGGCGAACGCAGUCAUCUUAUCGUAUGGCAGGUCGCAAUGCAAGAUUGAGGCCUCCCUGUUCUGCAAGAGUGAUUUACUUGCCAACAUGUCGCAUUUGUAGUUUCAAACCAUCGGUGAGCUAUGAUUAAAUUGUAACUGGGAUGCACAUGUGUUCAUUGUACCACAAUUUCCAAGUAAUUCUUCAUUACUUGUCUUAGUGAGUUGCUACAAAAUGAAGAUCAUUCGUCAUAAAGAUGGGAGCGACUCAAGUAGAAACUUAUAAUUAUCUGAUUUUUGUGUACAUACACAAAACUAGAUCAGAAUUUUGUCUGAGAAUUGAAUGGUAAUUUAAAAUCCAGUACCAUAUUAUUCAGCUAACCUAACCUUAAACUUGUAUUUAAAGCAAAAUCCAUUCUGGUCAAUAUUAUACAUGUACUUGGGAGGAGAGCGUGUUGUUUUAAUUUUGUAGAAAGCUUUUGAUAAUACAAAACACUUUUUGUACAUUUUGACUUUGUUAGACUUCAUCAGGUGUCGGUCCCCACAAAAGUUACUGUCGUUACUCGCGCGCUCUGGGCGUCGCAGUUAAAAUUAUUUCAGCAGAACUGCGUAGAUUCAGUUCUUAGCGGGCGGCUAUGAUCUUGAAAGUGCAGGACGCGGUACUUUGUCGAAAAUAUUUCUGUAUGAAGUUUGACAAAUCUAGUCAGAAUGAAAGUGUUAGACAAUUUGCUUUGCCUUUCUUAUGCAGAUCUUAUUAGAACAGAUUUUGUUCGUACAUUCUGAUGUGAAAAUUAUGAAUGAACACAAAGUAAAACAGUUUGCAUUACCAAAUUACUAACAGGAAAAGUGUUGCGCACACUUUAAAGGGCUAUGAAGCGCGAGUAUUGCGGACAUUGAUUUAAUUUAUUGACCAACAGCAGCGCUAACAGUAGAGUAGUAAUAUUGUUGUACAUAAUGAAUAAUUAUUAUUUGCAGCUAGUUUGGCGCCAGGGACGGAAGCCCCGCUGCUUUCAUGUUUUAAUCCUUUCAAAGUUGCUACUUUCUACAAGCAUAAAAUUUAUUUUGAAGACUGCUUGACCAGAUAUGAACACAAAUCUUAAAACAUUUGGAAAAUGAGAUUUUAGGUUGUUAUGGCGAUAAGUUGUGAUUGUUCUUCUGGGUUGUAACACUACGUGAUCUUGUACGUAGAUACCAAGAUUUUGGAGGAACACGCUGCCACCGUUUUCAGGGCUGACCACAUCACAUAACCCUGAAGCCCAACUGCGACAUUUGAGUGUGUAACUCACGUUUCAGGUGACAGUCACGUCGAUUAUUUGAUGUUAACCAAAGUUUUUGGCAAAUAUUGCACUUACCAUUUUCAACGUGGGUGUGAGGUGGGGUUAGUUGAAAAGGCCUUGUAUUGGGCAGACUGCGGGCACAAUAUAAAUUUGAUAGUGUUGAUCGUCGGAGAAGAGGAGUGGGGUGCUAUGCGAUGGGAGAUGAGUGCAUGGUUGAGGAGGGAAGGAGUGCUCGGCUAUCGCCGAUUGCUGGUUCACCAGUCUGGAGUCUCUUAUGUGUUCCAUAAUGCUUGUGGGUAUGUGAUGGCUGGUUUGUGGAAUGUACCAGGAGACUGGAAAGCCAGUGAUCAACAGUAGCCGAGCAUUCUACAGCCACCGGACGUUUCAUUGGCUUCAAAACAGAAGUCAUUGCUAGCAUCAGCAACUACCGUCCUUGCAUAAUCAGGGAGGCAUUCAAAAUAGCCAAAGACCCACAAAUUUUAACCAUGAAAAUGACUACAGGCUAAGCAAAGCCUGGCUUUUUCUAUUUAUUCCCAAACCAUAGAUUGUAUUGAGCCCUCGAAAGGGUGAGUAUACUAUCACCUCUCCAACGCUUGUCAUCGAACAGCUGCCACUAUCUUCCACUUAAUUGCUGCAAAUCCUUUCACCGGAACCUCCUCUUCCCCUCAUCCUAAUUUUCCUCUCACCUCUCCUUAACCAUGUGCUCGUCUCCUGCUGCUCUGCUCCGCCAGUCAGCACUAUCGAAUUUGUAUCUCACCCACCGUCUGCGCAAUACAAGGCCUUCUGAUCUGACCCCACCUGCAAUAUUUGCCAAAUUCCUGAUUAACACCAAAUAUUUGACACAGCUCUCACUCAAGAGCCAAAGGUGUGCAAUGAACUCCAGCCGUAAAAACCAACAAAGAACAAUAGAAAUUUUUCUUUCGUAAAUUACGUGUCGGAUGCUAAUCUGUGGACCAGAACAAUUUGCCGUUAGCUGAGUCUCUUACUUCUCCAGUUUGUGUAAUCUGCGCGUCCCCAUUAGGCUUUUUUGCAAUUCUUUGAAGUUGUGAUAUCACGUCUUCUUUAAAUGUCGGCUUGUUUAAUGUAGUGUAACAGGUUGAGAGGUAUUUUAUUUGCAAUAAAGUUUAGCAUUCUAACCUAACCUAACCUAACCUAAUCCAACCUAACCUAACCUAACCUAACCUAACCAAGUAGUUGGUUCCUUCUGGAGUGUGGGCUUGGGUGAAUAUGAGAUUUGAAAUUAUGGUUAUAUACUGCAACAUUUCAUACACUAUAAAACUAGUAGAAACCAGUGGCGGAUUAUAAUAAAUAACAUUAUAUAACCUUUUGUAGAAUGUUUAAUAAGAGCAUUAAUGACAUAUUUAUUUAUUUAUCUCAUAAGGAUUGUUAUAUUAUGAUGUAUUACUUUUAGCAGAAGAUAGAAGUAUUCUGUGAUAUUUUAUUGAUGCUUGUGAAACAUCCAUUGUCCAAAUAAUAGGUUGCUGUGUAUUCAGCUGAAGGUUUAUUAUAAAGUCACUGUAAAUAUUUUAAUUCCCAUUUUCUUUUGUGAGCGACAGUUAGCUAUGUAUGUUUUUAAUUUAAUUAUAAUGUCUGUGGAAAUGAAUUACGAGUAUUUUCCCUGUAGAUCUUACUCUGUGAGUCUUUAAAUUUUAGAAUCUGAAUGCUGAAUUUGUUUAAAAAAUAAUCAAAACUGAAUGGCAAGUGACCUUGAUUUUGUACACAGUUUGGUCCAAAAUGUACCUGCCAAGUUCAAACUUAACUCGCCAAUGAGUGAUUAUAAUUUUUAAACGAGUAUUGAGCAGUGGUUAUUCACCAUCAAACAGUAGGUUCAUUUAUAUUAAAACCCAGAAAUUGCCAGGUGAAGUUUGACACAUUUUGAAUCCUCGUCGAGAAAUUUGCCGAGACGGGAUUAGUUUCAGACGCUCAAUAGGAAGAUCUGAAUCCGGUAUUUAAAAGCUUUGAGUGAAGACACGUUGGGCACAUUAUAAUGUAAAUGACGUGAGACGCUGAUUUUAAUGGAUUCGUGUGCUUUUGUGAUUCAGUGGAAAUAAAGCGUCAAAACUUGGUAGGUAUAUUUUCGGCCGUUCUGUAUAUAACAUGCAGAAUGUACUGAACAGUACAGAUAUUACGAGAUAGCGCGGUCUUUUCUGUUGGAUGAUCAUUCAUUGCUUGUUACCAGCGAACUGCCUGCUAGCUCGUAAAUUAUUUUGACGUCGGUACAAAUUCCUCGAACUGAAGUACAUUUUGCAAGAUUGUGAUUGAAAUGAAACUAAAAGGACGUCUUGAUUUGUUUUAAUAUUGACUUCCAAGGACAGAACAACAACAACAGAAUUUGACGCCGUUUAGUAGAAUAAUCUGGGAAACGUAAGAAAUUUUAGUCCAUCUUACACACACGUAUUUUUAUUUGCUUAACUAGUGACAGUUUUAAGCACUUAAAUAAUAGAUGUAAUUAUUUUAUUAUUUCAAUUUAUUAUUGUAAUGAUGGUGGCGGUGGCGGUAAUAUAUGACGAUGCUAAUAAAAUCUAUUAAUUUUAAAUUGCUUUCCUAUGUACAACUGUUGCUAAAUAGGUCAGUAAUACUUGUUUUGUGCAAGGUGGGCUAAUAUUUUUACGUAUUGGUUGGAUUGAAAUUGUAAAUUUUCAGGGACGUCCCAAGUGACCAAUUUUGUUAAAGAGAAGUAAUACCUAAUUUGGUCAUUAAUAAAUUUCAAUGGAAUUUCAACAAGUGGCAAUCGCUCGUGUCCUCGGUACCCACAAAUUGAUGAUGAGACGUGAAUUUGGCACCAGGUCUCGAGAAGGUUGUGAAUCCCUGACCAACUUUCAUUUUUGUGCCUUGGACUCUGGGUAAUCCCCAGGCUGACUUGUUGUUUGGGGAAUCCUUCAUAAUAAUGUCGUCGCCCGGCCAGACGGGAAACGCAGCCUGCCCAUUGGAAGGAUUUCGACCCUCCGGCCAAUUCUUACAUCGCAGCCACCUUUACAAAGGUAAAUUCUGGCGACUGCACUUAUUUAUUACGCAGAGAAGUUGAGUUUUUCGUUAGAACAAUCAUUUCAUUUGACUUUGUGUGUGACCACCAAUUAAAAAAAAAUUAUUUUCUAUGAAACCACUUUUAAUUUUUAUGAAAUCAAUUUCAUAAACUAAUUUUCUCUGUGUGUGAGCUGCCUUACAGUUUGUUUCGCCAUCGUUAAAAGCAAACAUGUUUUAAAAUUUGAAGUUUUCACGUCAGUGAGUCCAAAGAUGGCUAUCUUCUGGGUUGUAGCGCUGUGUAGUCUUGUAUAAAUUUACAGAGGUCCCUGCUGCCUCCAUCAUCAGGCAUUUACCCUGGUGAUGGAGGCAGGAAGCCAUCAUCUGCAGCAGUGGAGACAGGCUGUAUCUUUUUAUUUAUUAGGGAGCUACAAAUAUGAUUUCAGCUUUAUUUGUGUGAUCUUAUUUAAAAAAUGAAAAAUGUUUUAGAAAUUUAAGUUGGACCACAGACCACUGGUUCAAACUCGCGUGGUUACAAAAGAAUUGUUGGUGUUCCUUGUUGCUGCAGACAGUUCUGGGUCAGACUGGGUGAUUAUGCUGUAUGAAACUUGUUUUGUUUUUUAACAUUUAUCAGCGCUGAUUUGGUGAAAUCCUGGAAGAAGCGACUUAAUUUUGACAUUUUUCCCAAUAAGAAUGACUACCAAUAUUUUCAGUUCGUAAUGAAGUGACUGUUGUUUGUGUUUUGUUUGUUUCUACACCUAACCAAAGAUUACCCUCUGCUUCGUAUUUGUAAUAUAUUUGUUCUAUUAGUAAGUGAAAAUAAACAUUUAAAAUCUGUUCUAUUAAAAUGCAUGAGUGGUUGCCAGGACAGCCCUCCCAGCAUCUACUCGGGAGAA